CUCUCGAUUACACUCCCCCGUCACACUCUCCCGCUCCAUCCCUGUCCACGAAAGCGCGCGCGGGUAAGAUACGAGGCCGGGAGGGAAGAACGACCACGGCAUGGCCACCGGUCUCUCCGGCGGCGCUAUGACCAGCUUCGCCGUCAAGAAGCCGCUCCUCGCGGCCGCCGUGCGCCGCCGGUCGUGGCCCCCGCCGUCGGGCCGCGCGCUGCCGUUCUCGCCGCUCACGCGGACCCCGCGCAGCCGCGGGCUCGGGACCGUCACGUGCUUCGUGCCGCAGGGCACGGAGAGCCAGCAGGCCCCGGCUCCGUCCCCGCCGCCGACGGUGCCCGUGCCCGUGCCCUCGCUGGAGGAAGAGGCGGCUGCCGCGGCGGCGCGGCGCAUCGCGGAGAGGAAGGCGCGGAAGCUGUCGGAGAGGCGGACGUACCUGGUUGCGGCCGUCAUGUCCAGCCUCGGCUUCACGUCCAUGGCCGUCGCCGCCGUGUACUACCGCUUCCAUUGGCAACUGGAGGGCGGGGAUGUGCCGAUGACCGAGAUGUUUGGCACGUUUGCGCUCUCCGUCGGCGCAGCGGUUGGGAUGGAGUUCUGGGCGCAGUGGGCGCACCGCUCGCUGUGGCACGCCUCCCUGUGGCACAUGCACGAGUCGCACCACCGUGCGCGCGAGGGCCCGUUCGAGCUCAACGACGUGUUCGCCAUCACCAACGCCGUGCCGGCCAUCUCCCUCCUCGCCUACGGCUUCUUCCACCGGGGCAUCGUCCCCGGCCUCUGCUUCGGCGCGGGCCUCGGGAUUACGCUGUUCGGCAUGGCCUACAUGUUCGUCCACGACGGCCUGGUCCACCGCCGCUUCCCCGUCGGCCCCAUCGCGAAUGUGCCCUACUUCCGGCGAGUGGCCGCGGCCCACAAGAUACACCACACGGACAAGUUCGAGGGCGUACCGUAUGGGCUGUUUCUUGGACCCAAGGAGCUGGAGGAGGUUGGUGGUCUGGAAGAGCUGGAGAAGGAGCUUGCGAGAAUCAACCGGAGCUUGUGAUUUUGACGGCGGCAAUUGCAGCUAGCAAGACUGCGCCUGUCGAGCUAGCAGAAUUGCCUUUGCCUUGCAAGAUUUUUUGUAUUUCUGGCCGCUUCGUCGACUCCAUUAAUUGUCGGUACCGGAGAGAAGGGGACUCCAGAAGCGGAAGCGCUUCGAGUAUACGACGAUGUGGCAGCGGUGAAGAGCACAGUAUAUUUGUUUGAUUGUGGCCUGUGGCAUGCAUGCGUCUCUGCGGCUGAACAUUGUAAGGAGGAUGUUCUGUGGGAUGGUUAUUCUUUGAAUUUCACUGCGCCAACGUUUUUGGUGGAGACGUUGUGCGUCCAGUCCCCUGUCUUGUAAGAAGCACCACAUUACUGUGUAUAACACAUGUUAGAGAUUGUUAACCACUUCAAUGAAACUAAAAUAGGUGGUUGGCAACAAUGCUGAAA